CACCACCAGCAGCAGCAGCAGCAGCAGCAGAGAGAGCCUACCGAAGAGGACGAGACGCCGCUGGAGGAGCAGAGGAGUGCACUGCGUCUUCAGCGAUCCGAUAAAGAAGGCACUGCGGACUACCACUAUGGACCUGCAGCAUCCCGGUGUUUCUCAAGAUUCCUAGUUUUUUGAUCUGCAGCUGAGUCUCCUGAACUCCCAGCCGUGAGCAGCGCCGGUCUGACUGAACCCCCAGCAGGUCCUGUCUUGCCUUAUGAUGAUGUCAGUGGACGUGACCAAUCGCAAUGGCCCUGCUGCCACGCCUCCCUCCUCUCUUAGCCUCCGCUCUUCACACAAUCAACUACUCAAUGGCGACGUCAUCAAGCAAGGCUCGGCCACGCCCCCCAAGUGUCGCAAAAAGUAUGCACUCACCAGCCUCCAGGCUGCCAUGGGCCUUGGAGAAAACGGACCACCUUCAUCAUCGCCAUCGUCGUCCCCGUCGCAGCCUGGAGCCCCCAAUAAUCCCAAACUAGCCAAGAAUGGGGCCAACCAGCUGCGUAAAGCCGGCCAGGACCACAAUAAAAACACAACUGACCUUGACCCAACUGACUCAGAGUGUAGUCCAGAACCUUCGGCUGAUGAUCCCAACGUUAACACGGUAGAAGAGCAGGACGGUGUCUCUCUCACCAACAAUGACCGAGCGCAAGAUAUGUUUGAGUUGGAUGGCCAGCAGCAGCCAGGGUCCACCAUGGAUGCUGAGUCUGAACAGAAAACCGAAUCAGACGCUGAAUGUACCGUGAACAGGACAGGGGAGACGAAACUGAACAGCAACAUGGCGGAUUUAGACUUUGACUUGAACGUUGAGGGGGAGGAGCCUGACGACAUAAGCAUCCUGUCUGAAAAGGAAAUCCCAUCAAAGAUGAAAAUAGAGGAAGAAGAGGUGGUUGAUGAGCUGGAGUACGAGGAGAAGAAGCCUCUGCUGAAUCUGGAGAGUGAUUCUCCUUUGAAGGAGGGCAAAGUUUCUCCAGGCUCUGAAAUCAUCACCGAACUCCAAUCCAACCUCGCGCUCCUCCAAUCAGGAAGGAGCUCCAGGGUUCCUCCCCCGCUCUCCCCGCCAAGGCAAGGCAGCCCAGAAGACUCUCCCCUGCUCUCUGCUGCCUCCUGCCCCUCCUCUUCCUCCUCCUCUCCAGAGACAAAGAAGGACAGGAGGACUGGAGCAAAGACAGACUGUGCUUUGAACCGCAUCCAGAAUCUAAACCCCAGUGAUGAAGAGUUGAGCUGGACUACCCUGUCCCAGGACAGCAACUCCCCCGAGGAGACAGAUAUCUGGAGUGAGCAGUCGUUCCAGACCGAUCCCGACCUGCCUCCAGGAUGGAAGAAGAUCACAGACAUGGCCGGUAUCUACUACUGGCACAUUCCUACAGGCACCACCCAGUGGGAGCGGCCCUCCGCCCAUCCACCUCCACCCGGACAGACUGAGGGCCCGGCCCUGGCCGACCCCAUGGCCCCCGCCCCACGUAAACCCUCCGUGAGCUCCCUCAGCUCCUUGCCCACUCCAGACCUCGAGUCAUGCCAGGCAGAGAUCUUCUUUAGGUCGUCGACUCGUUCGGGGAGCACGACCUCUGACAGCUCGGUGGAGCCUCUGUCCACUCAUGAGUCCACCCUCGCCACGUGUGGGUUUGUCAACAGCUGCUACUUCCCCCGUUCCACGUCUCUGCAGGAGACACCGGAACAAGAGAGUCGUUCUCAGCAUCAUGAAGACGACGACAAGAAGCAGGUGUGGAGUGAAUUUGGAGGGAAAAUUGAUAGUGAAGUGUGGAAGGACCUGCAGGCGGCCACGGUGAACCCUGACCCCAGUCUGAAAGAGUUUGAGGGUGCCACGCUUCGCUACGCUUCUCUCAAGCUGAGGAACCGUCCAGCCACGGAGGAAAAUGAGUCCAGCAGCGUGAACAGUGACCCGGAGACCAAGUGUUUUGCGGUGCGCUCUCUGGGUUGGGUAGAGAUGGCCGAGGAGGACCUGGCUCCCGGGAAGAGCAGCGUGGCCGUCAACAACUGCAUCCGCCAGCUGUCCUACUGCAAGAAUGACAUACGGGACACAGUGGGCAUCUGGGGCGAGGGGAAGGACAUGUACCUGGUGUUGGAGAACAACAUGUUGAACCUGGUCGACCCUAUGGAUCGCAGUGUGCUUCAUUCCCAGCCCAUUGCCAGUAUCCGUGUCUGGGGCGUUGGCCGAGACAACGGCAGAGAGAGGGAUUUUGCAUAUGUGGCGCGGGACAAAAACACCAGGAUCCUGAAAUGUCAUGUGUUCCGUUGUGACACGCCGGCCAAAGCCAUCGCCACAAGCCUGCACGAGAUCUGCUCCAGGAUAAUGACAGAGCGAAAGAAUGCCAAAGCCAUGGCGGGAGGUUCACUCCAGGACAGGAUGCAGGCGGGGCUGGAUCUCCCUUUACAAGAGUUCCCCACACCAAAGACCGAGCUGGUUCAGAAAUUUCAGGUGCUCUACCUGGGUAUGAUGCCUGUGGCCCGGCCAAUAGGCAUGGACACGCUGAACGGAGCUAUUGACAGUCUCAUUGGCUCUUCCAACAAAGAGGACUGGACUCCUGUGGCCCUUAAUGUGGCAGAUGCCACUGUGACCAUCAGCAAAGACAAGGACGAAGAGGAAGUGCUGGUGGAGUGCCGCGUCCGUUUCCUGUCUUUCAUGGGCGUCGGCCGUGACGUGCACACGUUUGCCUUCAUCAUGGACGCCGGCAGCCAUCGCUUUGACUGCCAUGUCUUCUGGUGUGAGCCCAACGCUGGAAGUGUGUCUGAAGCCGUGCAGGCAGCUUGUAUGCUGCGGUAUCAGAAAUGUCUGGUGGCCCGGCCGCCCUCCCAGAAGGCCUGCGGCUCGUCGCCGCCCGGCGACUCCGUGUCCCGCCGGGUGUCCACCAGCGUGAAGCGAGGCGUCCUGUCUCUCAUCGACACCCUCAAGCAGAAGAGGCCCGUCACAGAGCUGCCGCAGUAACGCCGCCUCUUUGACCCGCCUCCUAGUAACCAUGGAAACUUCAUCGCUUCGCUGCCGACGCCCCGUCGCCAUCACCGACUCCAGCAACAAUAGAAUAGCUACAGCUUUUUUUUGUUUGUUUUUUUUUUUUUUUUUUGGAAGCAAAUCCUAAGAGUUUUUGAGUUGAGUAGCAACAACAAAAAAAAACGAUCCAAACCACACGGGAGCGUCGGAGUUAGUCGUGUACGUUUGCUCUCGUGUCUCUCAGUGACUGCGUGGGGAGGAGAGGGAACGACCUGAGGGAUCAGGAGGCGCUCCCCUCAAAGCACAGCACGCGUGCUGAUGACCGAGCUCAUCGCUGACCAAAACGUUCGUCUCUCCGUGCUUCCUGUGUGCCCGUGUCCGCAUGACGCUCCACGCCAGGCCACGCUCCCCGUCAUCCGCUAACCUGUAGUGGCUCUCCAACCCUCCCCGAUGCCCCGCCGCUCGUCGUCAUUCAGUAGAUCUAAACCUCAGAACAAAACUAAGAGAGCGACGAGUGAGAAAAGCCAUCUUGUUCCUGGAGGAAUGAAGGAAGCUGCUACAGACCCGAGAGAUUCCAGCGCGACCUGUUUUGCUGAGCGUGCAUGAAGUCUUUUUUUUUUUAUUUUAUCUAAAUGUGAACCAUUCUAAACAAUGUGGAAACAGUGCUGCUGCUUUCAGAGACCGGGGGAGGAGAAUCAGAAGGCCGCAGAUUUUAUUUUUUUAUUUUCCGGGGUUCGGAACGAACGGUGAGACGGCACCUGACUCGUCCUUCAUAUCCUUACUGUUUACAUUUUGAUUUUUGUUUUUUUAGUUCUGUUCGUGUUUUAAAAAAAGAAAAGAAAAAAGAAAAAAAAAGACAGAUUAUAGCCAUAACGUAGGAAGAGCUGUGGACAGCGUUCCCUCUCUGGUCGGCAGUGCCAGACUUGCUGCUUCAAACGCAGCAGAGACAUCAGCAUGCUGGAGGGAGAUCUGACUGAUCGUUUCUCUUCAGUCCCACCUCACUCCCUGGAGACGUUGGGUCAUCUAAUAAAGGGGGAUCGCCUGGAGGAAGAGAAAGGAGACCUUAGGAAUGUGUUUUUCCAUCUCUGUGGGAUUGUUUGGGCUUAAGCCUUGAAAAGAAAGGAAGCGAUUUAUCCCUCAGCCUUCUCUGUUUUCAAGGGGAAAAGCCCACCAGAAUGUUGGAGGGGCUCAAACCGAGCGGGACUUUAUCAGGCUGCUGUCCAUCUAUAGGGUUCUUCCAUAGGAGAGAGAGAGCUUUUAUUUAAAAAGGAAAAAAAAAAAACUCUUCUUUUGACUUUGUUUUCUCUAGUGCCAUAAAUUCACUAGAUUUCGGUCUGUUCUCAAGAAACAGAAACCUCCUUUCCACUUGGCAGGCUCUGUACUCUCGCGUAUCUAACCUGCUUGGAUGUCAGUCUAUUAUUCCACCUAAAACCUCAAACGCAGUUUGCUAUGCCCCGCCUCCAUGACAUCAUCCAAUCACAGGCUGAAAAGCUUUUAAUUCAGAUUAUUUAGAGGUCGGAAAGAGUUUAACGAACAGUCAAGUUGUAGAUCUGACUGGCCUUACAGCGAGAACUUAAGGAGGGCGGGGCUUAGCAAACUAAUUGUCAUAAAUCAAAUGUCCUAUCACAGCGUUAGUGUACCACCACAAGGAAACUGUUGGCUUUUGACUAUAUUCUCAAACAUGCAAGUUUAAUAUAUAUAGGAAUGAAAUGCUUGAACCACAAAAAUCUGUAAAUUAUUAAAUCAUUCUAUUUUAUUUUCUGUGGGGAAAUUAAAUCCACUCAAGGCCUGAAAGGCUUGACGUCCUUUCUUUAAAGGUUUUAACUCAUGUUUUCAGUAGAUGCAGAAACACUUUAAAUCCCUCAACAUGCUCAAAGGAUUUAUAAGCUAGCUUUAUAAAGUAUUGUUCUUCAUUUACCUGCUUUAUAAUAAUAAUAAUAAUAAUAAUUCAACUUUAUUGAUAAAGCACCUUCCAACAUAGCCUAGCAUUGACCAAAGUGCUUUACAAAAUAAAACAAAUAAAUACAAAAAAAGUAGAAAAGAAGAGUGCCAGUUAAAAUACAACCACAAUAAAAAGAUAAAACAAUAUAAAAGUUAAACAUCAAAAGCCCUUUUAAGUAAAUGGGUCUUAAAUUUGGCUUUGACCAGGUCAGAGAUGGUGCGCAGCUGAAAUUACGAUUUAACAGUAAUGUCUGAAUCUGGUCAUUUAUUCAUUUUUAAAUUGCAAACGAACUAUGGGAUUGAUCAAUGGCGUUAUGAGACGCUGCUGUGAAGCAGCGUCUCACGAGGCGGCAGCCAGUCCCGCCUGACAACAGAAGUCUGAAUGCCAACUGGUAAAGUUGGAUCUCCACCAGCAGUGCAGAGCUUUUGGCCAACAUGGCUGCCAUGCAUAUAAGGUUAAGUGAAAGUAACCUGGAUAAAUCAUUUAUCAGCACUCCAGAGGGUUUGUGUGUUGUCCCUGCGUGCCUUUUUGUGUUCUGUCCAAGGUUUUUUUUUUUUUUUUUGUUGCUGGAAGAGAGGAAAAUACCAGAUAACACUAGCAUAUACAAUUUGAUCCCUAAAUAAACUACCCUGCCAUUGUUUAAAAAAAUGUUACAGUUUUUUAUUGGCUGUGGUGAAAAUGCAGUCAGUUGGCUCAUACCAAAGACCUGGAGGCUUCAAAUGCAGUUUUAAAACGUAUGAAAUUUCAGUUAAGAAAUGAAAAAAGCUAAAGUAAAACAAGUCAAAGUAAAAUUAUCUGUGAUUAGAAAUUGUUUGACAUACUUUCUGAUUUGUGACACCAGUGCUGUAUUUGUAAAACAAACAAACAAACAAAAAAAAACAACAGAAAUGUCAAUCCCUUAUUUUUUUUUAAUACUGUCAGAUCCUCUAUUGGCUAUCGUGUCGUCUUGUCAGGGUCAAUCACUCGCCUGCUGAGACUUGCUGGAAAAAGCCAACACUUUCCCUGUGGUGGACAGACCUGAGAUAUGAGCGCUGGUGCAUCUCUCUUCUUGUCUUCGCCCGUAGUUUAUGAGCUCCAAAGCAAAAUCACGCAACUUCAAGGAGCUUUCUAUUCUGACAGAGACUGAUGGGAAAAUUCAGCCAAUUCUCCGUUUUCACCGAAUGAUGUUGACGUGUGAAUAAGACGACGUCUGUUUGUACAGAAAACCCGCUCAGUGUAACAUUUAUUAUUGUUAUAAGCUAUGUCUUUAUUUUUGAAUGUCUCUUUAUUUUCCUAUACGUUAUUACAAGAAAGUUUGCCUUUUCUGAAUCAUACCAAAUGGCCAAAGUGUAAAAUACGUAUAUAAAUUGUUGUAGAUAUGAAAAUAUGAGAGCAGGUGAAUGAAAAGGUGAGGAGGCUGAUAGGAAAUUUUUACACUUAAGUUGAUGCUGAAUUUAACUGUGCGAUUUUUAUCUAUGCAUUCUUUUGAUCUGGAGAAGAAGGAACGUCACGAAGGAGCGUUGCAUGUCCUCAGACGGUCGAAAGAGAGACUCAAAUUUAUUGAACAGAACAAUUUUUUUAUUUUAUUUAUUCUAUUUUAUAAACCGUAUAUACGGAUUUUAUUAGUUGGGGCUAGUCUUGUGACGCUGGGGCUAGUACUUCAGACCCUGGUUGACUCUCAGACAUCGUAACAAAGUCCUGGCUUGGAGAAACAAGGAAAUAAAGGAAUAUAUCUUCACCCUGUACAGUGAUUCACUUCCCGCUGAGGGUCCACUGCUGCUCAGAGUGUCAGAAAGAGGGCGAGGAGGGGCAGCAGGAGUGGACUCGCAGCCUUUCUGUCGAACUCACACAGACACACACAGUCCCGUCGAUGGAUGUGUUAGCUUCCGUUUGCUGCUCACUGAUUUGUACACUUUAGCAAUGUAACCGAUUGUGAGAAUAAAUGGUAUAAAACACA